AUGAAAACCCGCCCAGAAAAAGCGAUCCUCUAUCAAACUUUGGUUUUGAUAAUUGUAAAAUUAAUAAGUUUUCCAUUGAUUUUAGUUGCAACUCUUCAAUUCGUUGAACCAACACCGAAUUCAGUGAGUGCGUUGCGUGUGCGUCGCGGUCACCUGAAUAUUCUUUCAGAUCUUCUAUCCUCUAUUAUUCAUUGAUGUGUCACGUCGACCCAACUGCUGCAAAGGGUGUACGGUUUUUCGGUUUUUCCACGAAGUGCUACGACAAUAA